AUGGCGGACAGCUCCGCUUUGAACGCUCAAAUAAUUCGUGGACUCAAUGAUAGAGUUUACGAGAAACGAAAGACUGCGGCGCUAGAAGUAGAAAAAUUAAUCCGUGAACACACCGAUAAUAAAGAACCAGAUAAAAUCAAGGCUAUUCUAAAUAAACUUGUUUCUGAUUUUGCAUGUUCUCAGCAAGCAAAUUCACGUAACGGAGGUCUUAUAGGUUUGGCAGCCGCGUCAAUCGCGUUAGGGCCAAACGUAGCAGUGUAUUUGGACGAAAUUGUUCCACCUGUCCUUGCUUGUUUUAGUGAUCAAGAUUCACGCGUAAGGUAUUAUGCUUGUGAAAGCAUGUAUAAUAUCGCCAAGGUGUCUAAAGGUGAAAUUUUACGGUAUUUUAAUGAAGUGUUUGAUGCGAUGAGUAAGGUAAAUGAUUUUUCACAAAUUCAAUCUUCUAGGAUACCCCAUAAACUGGCGGCAGACUCCGAAGUUUCUGUCAAAAAUGGAACCGAACUUUUGGAUAGAUUGAUUAAGGAUAUCGUUGCUGAACAGUCUACUACAUAUGUAUCCGCUUUGGUUCUUGCAUCUAUGUCACACGAUGAUUCAACAGAGCCAGUUUCAAUGCCACGCACUACUGCAUUCUCUUUGCCCCGGUUCAUUCCGCUUCUCGCUGAACGCAUUCAUGCAAAAAAUCCUUUCACGCGCAACUUUUUGGUAUCGUGGAUUACUGUGUUAGAUUCAAUUCCAGAUCUUGAACUUGUGUCAUUUUUACCGGAUUUUUUGGAUGGACUACUACAAUUUUUAAGCGAUCCGAAUAAAGACAUAAGAAAUGCUACGUCAUCCAUACUGGCAAAUUUUUUGGCUGAGAUACGUGAAGCAUUUGAAGUUAAGGAACACCAAAAACAGCAGGCAAUGAAGAGUUAUUUUGUCGAACAACAACGGAAAAUGGUCGUUGCGUCCGAGACUGUUAGUGAAGCUGGAGAGAGUGUGAAAGAUGGAAGUACGAAAGGCGAUAGUGAUGAUACAACAUUGGGCCCUAAUUCGAUAGAUGGGGACAUUAAUUGGGAUGCUAUCUCAUUAAGUGAAACUGAAGGAAGGGGAAAAGGUUCAUGGGUUCCAGGUCAAGGUGUUGUAAUUAAUUAUGUUAGAAUUGUUCAAAUUUUAAUGGACCACUUAUGUUCUCCAGAGGAAGAGAUUCAAGCUACAGCAUUGAAAUGGAUAAAUGAAUUCAUACAUAUCGCCAAAGAAGUAAUAAUUUCAUUUACACCACAGCUGAUAAGCGCUGUAUUACCUUCCUUGGCGCAUUCUACUCCAAAUAUCCUUCAUAUGAUUUCAUAUAAUGUCAUAAUUAUUUUCAGUUAUGCUAUUAUUCUGGAAACUUCAACUAAUGGCCAACCAUCAUUACAGCCGCCGCCUUAUUCAAUGGUGACAAAGGAACCUACAUUACCAUCAGCACCUAACGGAAGUGCUUAUACACCCAACUCACUUCCUUCAAUAGAUGAGCACGUUGAUCCCUUCGAUUAUCAGGCUACUGUUGAGGCUUUGGUGCGGCAAUUCUCAAAUAUACAUGAGGAAACCAGAGUUGCAAGUUUGGACUGGCUUUUGAUGCUUCAUAAAAAAGCACCAAAGAAGAUUCUUGCGAUCGAUGAUGGUACUUUUCCAGUUUUAUUAGAUAUUCUUUCAGAUCCAUCUGAAGAGGUAGUUAAACGAGAUCUUCAGCUUCUCGCGCAACUAUCUUCAAGUUUUGAAGAUGAAUACUUUACGCGCUUUAUGGGGGAUUUAUUAAGAUCAUUUAGUACAGAUCGGAAAUUGCUUGAAACAAGAGGAAGUCUAAUUAUUCGUAAUCUAUGUUUAAGCCUUAAUUCAGAGCGCAUAUACCGUAGCUUUGCGGAGAUUCUUGAGAAAGAGGAGGAUAUCGAAUUUGCUUCUAGCAUGGUUCAAAAUCUUAAUAGCAUUCUCAUCACUUCCCCUGAGCUUUCGGAUCUGCGAAAAAGACUCAAAAAUCUUGAAACAAAAGACGGUCAAAUGUUGUUUACAACCUUAUACAAAUCUUGGUGUCAUAAUCCAGUAGCUACAUUUUCGCUUUGCCUAUUGGCACAAGCAUAUGAACAUGCGGCUAAUCUAUUACAAAGUUU